AUGCCGAGCUCGUGCACUGAUAUCCGGGAGGCACUGGCCCAAUGCCUCCAGGAAUCGGACUGUAUCAUGGUCCAAAGACACACACCCCGUGAAUGUCUCAGUUCUCCCCUCGCCGAGGAGUUACCCAUGCGAUGCCAGCAGCUGCGGAAAGGAUUCAGCGAGUGCAAACGCGGUAUGAUCGACAUGCGCAAACGGUUCCGCGGUAAUCAGCCCAUCUCGGUAUCCAAGGAAAUGGAAGGCGAAAAGUCCAGUUCCGGGGGACAAUUAUAUGCUGGACAACCAGCUUAUCAGUCGGUCAAGCCAGUCAAUGGCGACGAAGUACAGAUGGACCCAGAGAAGACUCGUGGCCUAUAA